AAGUGAAGUUGGAAGUAAGGAGUGAUCGUAGGUGAUUUCUUUCAUGUGUGCAUUCUCGAUUUCAACUUUGUUUUCACUCAGGACCUUCUUCUUUUUCUUUUUCGGUUUGGAUUGCGGUUCUGUUUUGGACAAGAAAUACUACAACACUACUAAUAUCCACACAACUGCAAUGGCUCGGUAUUUGAGGUUCUUCACCGCAGUAGGUGAUGAGCAGCCUGGAUGCUGGGAGGACGAAGAACAGCUAUCCUCCUCCGAUGAUCUGGAACCUUCUAGAAACAACCUGCCUGAAACGCUCACCUUUAGGGACUCCCUGAAAAGACUCUACUCUUCUGACCGCUUCCAGGUGCUGGUGGUGUGUUUAGUGGUGUUGGAUGCCAUAUUUGUCCUGGCUGAACUUCUCAUAGAUUUGUCAAUUAUCCAGCUGCAACAUGGACACAUUGCAACAGAGGUGUUUCACUACCUGAGCCUGGCACUUCUCACCUUCUUCAUGGUGGAGCUGGCUGGCAAGCUGUUUGCAUAUCACCUUGAGUUCUUCCAACAUAAGUUUGAGGUGUUUGAUGGCUUGGUGGUGGUGCUGUCUUUUAUUCUGGACAUCGUCUUCCUCUUCCAUGAUGAUGUCUUUGACGGAAUGGGUCUACUCAUCCUGCUGCGUCUGUGGAGGGUGGCUAGAAUAAUCAAUGGGAUUCUUGUGUCGGUAAAAACCCGUGCAAACCAGAAGAUGCACAAGCUGAAGGAAAGUUACGACCAUCUUGUGCUAAGAGUCACAGAACUGCAAAAACAAGCUGAUAAACUCCAACAAGACAACCAGAAGCUUCAAGCCUUGCUCAAGAGGCAUGGCAUCGACUUCUGACUACUAUUAUUAUCAACAACAAUAUAUUCCUGCCGCUUGAUUAUUUGUUGGAUCAGUUAAUCAUGCAUGAUUAUUUGAAAUUCUUAUUUCUUAAUGUACUUGCUCUGUAUUAGUUACCCAAACAAACUACAGUAUACAGUACUACAUACUGUACUCCUGGUGUCAUUACUGUUACCAUUUUGUAAACUCUUAAAUCAUCAGUAUCAAUAUCUUCCAGUGAGUGUUGCAUUGUUGAGGAUACAUGGAUGUAUAGCAUGUUGAUACAAGUGUUGCAAAGUAGUUACCGUAGCAACACAAAUGCCACCACACUUCCCCCAGUACUAACGUCCAUUUUUAAAAAUGUGAAACAAACUUACAUUGACAGUCACUGAUUCAAACAAAUGGAAAAAAGAAGUCUAUAGGCAGCUGGGCGUUGAUAGUGGGCGUGGCUCUGUAACCAGGUAGAGCAGAAGCAGAAACUUCAAAGAAGCUCACUGAGCUCCUGAUUAACACCACACUGUUGCCUCUGUUCAUCAGAACCUAUGAAAAGCACCAAAAUGUAUGUUAAAAAUUUGUGCUGACAGUGUUUCCCCUAGGUUUACAAGUUUGAGGGGACUAUCCACAAAACACAUGCACACCCACACACUCGUGCAGCGUAGUGACUGUAGUGCGAUCACUCCUUUACAUUACGAGUGUGCACGUGUAAGUGUGGCUGUGUGUGUUGGGUGCACACAUGCAUGGACUUCACUUCAUUGUAUUUUUUACUGUAUAUACUGCUUAAUGACAACAUAAGUAAUUUAUACAUAAAUUUCAUAUAAAAAGUGUAUAUAUUAUUUCAUUCAACUUAAUACAGUAGUACCUCAGUUGUUCUUAGUCAUUGGUUCCAAAAAGUCAGACGAAGAACACAUUUUACAAAAACCCAAUAUAUUUUUCCAUAAAAAACAAUGUAAAUCCAAUUAAUCCCAAAAUAUGAAGACAAAACACAUUUUCAAGAGAUUGUUUUUUUUGCAUGUAAAACUAUCAAUGUAAAAUACAAAUAAUCGGUGAAGGAAAUGUAUGAAUUAAAAUUAUACAUAAUUUUACUUUUAUUCAAAAAGAUGGCGAAGAGAGAGGAGGGGAGGGGUCGCAGACGCCACCUUUGUACUUUAUUACGGAUUCAUUAUUGACAACAUUAGUGUUCCUCGCCUUCUUUAUCAAAGUGCUGGCACUCACAACUUUCUUUGACCCCAUGGUGGAUUAUUUUGCAGUUGAAUUCAAUAAAAAAAAGUACAGAGUG